AUGCGGUUUCUCACAUUGUUUGCAGCCACUGGGCUGCUAUCCAUGGUGGAUGCCUCUCUAGGAGCAGAGAGCGAGAAGCUGGGAGCUGAAGAGCGUGCCAUUGAUGAGGUGGCUAAGAACAUCUUGGAUAAGAAGGCCUACAUCUUACCAACAUGCGCUACACUCAGCAUCAUCACGACCACCACGUUGACUGUUGAGACGACCAUCUAUGUCACUCCCACGGUCCACACUGAAGGGCUACCGCCAUCCUCGACACCUCCCAAUACGGUCACGUCUACCACAACGGUGACUUUUCACCCAUCCGUGCCACCCUACUCUCCUCCUAGCGGCGGCUCCAGCACCACUCAUAUCCUGCCCAGCCUCUCUACCUCAAGGACUUCCAGCACACCUGGUAACCCCUUCACGUCUUCGCAAUCUUCUGCCACUUCCAAGACAUCCUCAACUGGCCCGGGCGGUCAGUUUGUGACCUCGUCGGCCUCCACCAGUGGCAGGUCUUCGACAACUGGACCUCCUGCUGCUUCCUCCUCGACUUCAGGAAGAGUGUCUACUACUACUCGGUCAACCAAUUCUGGUAGCACCUCAAGCACUGCGUCUACUACCUCACGUACUGCUUCGUCGUCUGUGCCAGCGGCCAGUUCUUCCUCGUCCACUUCUGGCACUGCCUCAAGCACGUCUUCGACACCUCCAGGCGGCCAGUUCUUGACCUCUUCCACCACUGUCAGCAGCAGAGCCUCAUCUUCCACUGCUUCUAGCGGUGUGUCGUCCACACAGUCCACGACCUCAUCUGGCAGAGUUUCAUCUACGCAAUCUUCCACCGCGUCCAGCGGAGUAUCGUCUACGCAGUCGUCUACCACGUCGGGCGGAGUGUUUAUUACUCAGUCUACUAGCUCGGUCAGCACUUCUGGGACGGCUUCUUCUACCAGCUCGGCGAGCACUUCUGGGACAGCUUCUUCCACCACCUCCUCCGGCCCCCCUGGUGGCCAGUUCCUGACAUCGUCCACCUCCAUUGGCGGCUCCUCGACUACUGCUUCCGCCACCAUCUUGGUGCCAACCGACACGGAUGACUGCGACCCUACAGAUGAACCCACACCAAGCGCUACCUCUUCAGGGCCCCCUGGCGGUCAGUUCUUGACAUCGUCUACAUCCGUUGGCGGCUCUUCUACCACCUCAGGCCCCGCUGGCAGCCAGUCCUCCACUUCAGGUACUGCUUCUUCUACCACUUCCGGCCCCCCCGGUGGUCAGUUCUUGACAUCGUCUGCAUCCAUUGGCGGCUCUUCUACUACUUCCGCCACCAUCUCUGUGCCCACCGACACGGAUGACUGUGACCCAACAGACGAACCUACGCUUGGUGCCACCCCAUCUACCGCCUCGUCGUCCGAAACAUCUUUUACCAGGAGCUCCACUUCUGGGGGCAUAUUCUUAACCCAAGCCUCCUCUACGUCGGCUUCCAGCACACCAAGCUCCCCUACGUCGGCUUCGACCCCUACACCUGCCGUGCCCACUGAUGAUGGUAACGAUGACGAUUGUGAUCCCACGGAUUUUGGUUCCGCAAGCAGCACCUUUGCCCCGCCAAUUUUUAUCACUCGGAGCUCUACAGCUGGUCAGGGCAGCUCAACCAGCACCGUUCCCUCUGUGCCUACCUCGUUUUCUGUCCCUGGAGGCGCCUUCAACGACCAUGUUUCCUCCAGCAGCUUCACUGUUCCCACCGGAACUGUGACAAGUGGUUUGAACACUCCUGCUAAUCCCAUUGGUACUCCCACACCCGGCGAUGAUGAUGACUGUGACGACAACGAGUACCCCCUGCCUACUCUGCCUACUUUGCCUACUCUGCCUACUCUGCCUACUUUGCCUACUCUGCCUACUUUGCCUACUUUGCCUACUCUGCCUACUCUGCCUGGCUCCGGAGCUUCGUCCACUGGACCCGGUGGCGCAACCCCCCCUGUCACCACUUUUAGCACACAGAGCGCAUCUAUCCGCGUCCCCACAACGUUUGCAACCCUGCCUCGCACAUCAGCCGCUCCCGCUGCUCCCAGAUCCUCCGAUAUUAAUAACACUGGCAUUGGCGGCGACGACUACGACUGCUAG